GUCUUGAGGUCAUAAAUGUCAAAUUAAUAAUUAGGGUUAAGAUUCAAAUUUUAGUUAUUAAUUUAAAAUGGAAAAUGCUAGACAUAGGAAAACUAAGAAUGAGACAAAGACUAUCAAAAAGCAUUCUGAAGAAACAAAUCAAGAUUUAGUUCCAGAAAAAAAUCCGAAAUUCGAUAUUUCCGAAAUCAAUAACUUAAAUACUAAGAUAACGGAAAAUUUAUCAACUGUACAAGAUGUAGACUUGAGCUGGAAAGAGAAACCAAAACUGUUUAGAAUUAAUUGUGAAUUAGACGUUCUUUCCUUAAUAUUAUUCAUGUCUGGUAUAUUAUCUCGGAUGUACAAUUUACAGGAACCUAAAAAUGUUGUAUUUGAUGAAUUACAUUAUGGAAAAUAUGUAUCCUUAUAUAUGAAAAACACAUUUUUCUUUGAUUCACAUCCUCCUUUGGGUAAACAACUCAUAGCUUUGAUGGCGUACUUUGCAGGAUACGAUGGGAUGUUUAAAUUUGAUAAAAUAGGUAGUCCUUAUGUUUCCACUGUUCCCCUUUUUGCUUUAAGAUUUGUCCCUGCAUUUUUUGGUAGCUUAAUAAUACCCACUGUUUAUCAUCUCAUGUUAGAAAUGGGAUUAUCUCAAUGGAGCUCUGUACUAGCAGCUGUAUUAUUUUUAUUAGAUAAUGCAUUUUUAACACAAAGUAGAUUUAUUCUUAUGGAGUCCAUAUUAAUAUUCUUCUCUUUAUUUGGAAUUUUGUCUUUGUUGAAAUUUAGAAAAUAUACCGAAAAACCUUAUUCAAUAUUUUGGUUUUUUUGGAUCAUAGUUUCUUGCAUUUCUCUAACUUGUGCUUUUAGUGUUAAAUAUGUAGGUUUCUAUACUUGCUGUUUGGGAGCCGUUAUUAUUUUUCGAGAUUUUUGGAAACUUUUGUCUCGUGAUAACAUUUCAGAUUCCUCACUUUGUGUCAGAUUUUUUCUUCAAACAUUUAUAAGUUUCCUAAUAGCUGGGAUUGUAUACUUUGGGGUAUUUUAUAUACAUUUAAACACCUUGUAUAAGGCAGGACCACAUGACAGUGUUAUGACCAGUGCCUUUCAGGCAUCUUUAGAAGGAGGUUUAGCUAGUAUCACCAAGGGACAACCAUUAUUAGUUGCACAUGGUUCCCAGGUUACUUUACGACAUACACAUGGACGAACAUGCUGGUUACAUUCUCAUAGUGCGAUGUAUCCAAUCAGAUAUCCAGAUAAAAGAGGUUCUAGUCAUCAACAACAAGUCACAUGUUAUUCAUUUAAAGAUGUAAAUAAUUGGUGGAUUGUUAAGAGACCCGAAAAGAAUGACCUGAUUGUUGAACAACCUAUAGAUGUCAUCAAACACGGAGACGUUAUUCAACUUGUUCAUGGUAUCACUAGUCGAGCUCUUAACAGUCACGAUGUCGCAGCUCCAAUGUCCCCUCAAUGUCAAGAAGUUUCUUGCUACAUUGAUUACAACAUUUCCAUGCCCGCUCAGAAUUUGUGGAAAGUUGAAAUAAUAAAUAGAGAACAGAAUGGAGACAAUUGGCAUACAAUACAAUCUUUAGUAAGACUGAUACAUGUAGACACCAACACAGCUUUGAAAUACACUGGACGACAACUUCCAGAUUGGGGAUUUCAUCAACAUGAAGUUGCCGCAGAUAGGGUUAUUGUACAGGACGAUACCAUUUGGAAUGUUGAAGAACAUAGAUAUACUAAAUCUGCAGACCAAAAGGAACGCGAAAGAGAUAUGGUAACAGCAGAAAUGAUUCCUACUGCUCCUACAACAUUAAGUUUUUGGCAGAAAUUUUUCGAACUACAUUACAAAAUGAUGUUUACCAACACAGAAAAUAUACAAAAUCACAUGUACAGCUCAGAACCUCACGAAUGGCCUCUUCUUUCUAGAGGAAUUGCUUACUGGAUAUCAUCUACUAGCAAUGCUCAAGUACAUUUAUUAGGUAACAUAGCUAUUUGGUAUUCAGCAACUGUAGGAUUGUUUAUGUACUUCGCUUUACUCGUAAUGUAUUUAUUGAGACGCAGAAGACAAUGUUAUGACUUACAUCCCAUAAUCUGGACACAAUUCACUCAAAUCGGAGAAGUCUUCUUUGCAGGCUAUUUAUUUCAUUAUUUACCUUAUUUUUUUGUAGAUCGAACCUUAUUUUUGCACAAUUAUCUUCCAGCUUAUGCGUUCAAGACGUUGUUGUUAGUCGCUACAAUAGAACAUGUUUAUAUAGUUCUAAAUGAUGUCUUCAAAAUCAAAUUACUGAAAGUAAUUUUUGUCAGUUUAUUAGUCAUUUGGUUGGCGUGGGUUAUUUAUGUGUUUAAAAAAUUUUUGGUACUGAGUUAUGGUACCACUGAUUUAAGUACAGAUGAUAUUAUUAGGUUAAGGUGGAAAGACACUUGGGAUUUUAUAGUUCAUAAAAGCUAAAGUUAUAUAUGAGAUAAAACAUUUCAUCAAUUGAUUUGUAAAAGAUUUUUCCUCUUCUCGGGUUGUUAUUGUUCAUUUUCCCGAGUUAGAUUGUACUCAGAGUCCUCUUGCAACUAUUUUUUCUACAUUGCAAGUACCCUUAUUUUUCAAAGUUAUUUUAUACUGUUUCCUUUAUUCGAUCAAUAUUUAUCCCCUUGAUCUUAAUUUGUGCUUUCUCCUUGAUUCACCCACCAAUGAUAUUUGUUCUGUAAUUAUUUAUUUUGUACCGAGUAGUUUCUGUUUGAUAUUCUUUUGGUGAAGGAAAGUAGCAUAAAUUUAAAAAAAAUAGUAGAACAUACAUUUUUUAAAUAAUUCUACUGCUAAUUAUUUUACUUGUGAGUACAGACUAAAGGCUUCUUAGAUAAACACAAAUAGAUUCAAAACGUUGGCAGUAAAUUUGUGGUCCCAAACUAGUGUUACAAAAAUAUAAGCUCGGUGUGUAUCUUUGAAGUCUUUAUUCUUUGGUUUCUUGAGACAAUAAUCUGAUUAUUUACACACACAUAAAUAUUUAAAAUGUGCCAGCAUAUAAUGUGUUCAAUAUCAUUGAAAGAUAGAAAUUUCAUUAAUUAUCAGCAUGACACAUAAUUCAAUACUAACGUAAAUAUUAUACUGUUUUAAGGCUGUUGAACUGUUUAAUUCUAGAUAUUUUAGAUUAAGCAUUGUUAAAUUUGAAUACUCAAAAAAUCUAUAUAUGAUUGUUAAAUAUCAGUUUUAUUUAAUAACGCUAUACAUAUAUGUGGUUGUGGUUGAACUAUUUCGUAAUUUCGAAUAUUUAUAACUAAUUGAGAUUAAAAUAAGCAAAUAGUAAUUUUAUUUUAUAUAUAUUUUUUAUUAAAUACCAAAAAUAAGACAAAA